UGCGCGUUCUUGUUUGUUGGGUCUUGGGAAGUCCUUCUUUUUGCUGAUGAGUGGUUUUGUCCCCCUGUUUUUGUUUAAAGUUUUGGGUAGAACCCAUGUGUUCUUGUUGGCAGAACUGGCUCUUGUCCUGUAAAAAUCCGGUCUUCUCUGUAGCUGAAGCAGCAUUGGAUGCUUCCUUCGAAGCUCCCUUCCCCUUUUUUUCUCUCUCGAGAUUCUUGUUUUGUCUUGGGGCCUGACCAGCACGACCCUUCGAGGAAAUUGAUGCUGUGGUUGUCGCCACGCACAUUCAAUUAUGAAGAUAAAGAAAGUGUGCUUUACACUGAAUGUUUUUCUAUACUUAGCCUCGCAAGUCAUAAAGUUUUGCCUUUUCUAAGGGGAAAAAAAUAAAGUCAUCUGGCACGCGUGGUGGAUGAUGACUUUAUCCAUCAAUUACAGCUCUGCUGCUUUGCAUUCGCAUUUAUGAUUCUAGUAUCAUAUGUAGAUCUCUCCGCACAAUUGCUCAUCUGUUAAAAUGCUUACUUUCUUUCAGGAUAUCCGGAGUUGGAGUUUGAUCUGAAAUUCCCUGUGAAUUCAAAGACAUGGGAGAGCCAUUGGGACAGUUAAAAGUGACUGUUGUGAGAGGGAAAGGUCUAGUGAUCAGGGACUUCAAGAGCAGCGAUCCAUAUGUUAUUGUCAAGUUGGGCAACCAGACUGCUAAAACCAGAGUUAUAAAGAGCUGCCUGAAUCCUGUCUGGAAUGAGGAACUAAGUUUUUCUCUUGCAGAACCUGUGGGAAUGCUAAACUUGGAAGUGUUUGACAGAGACCAUUUCAAGGCAGAUGACAAAAUGGGACAUGCCCACGUAAGCCUUCAACCCAUAGUCUCUUCUGCUAGACUGAGACAGAUCCUAAAGGUUUCCUCCGGUGAGACGACGCUGAGAAAGGUCGCCCCGGAUGGUGACAACUGCCUUGUAAGGGACAGCUCUAUCGCUUGCAUAGAUGGCGAGGUCGUGCAGGAUGUGUGGUUGAGGCUCAGCGAUGUCGAGUCCGGGGAGAUUCAGUUGAAGAUCAAGUUCAUAGAUAAUUCUUUCUCAGGCACUAGAUAGUCAGAAGUCGAAACUCAGGUUUAGCUGAAGCAUUGUAGCUAACAGCGUUCCUGGCCUGAUCAAGUUUUGAUUUUUUGACUAGUUUAGGGUUUCGCAAGGCGGUCAAUGGACCAACUGAAGAGUGACUACUUUGUAGGUGGAUAAAGCAAAAUAGUGUGUAUGCGGUAGUGAUGAAGCAGAGAGAUUUUUCAAUGUAAUGUCGUCUGUUCUUACUCUUUUUAUCGUGUGCCAGAAGGUUGCUGUGAAGAAGUUAGCAAGGGCCUUUGGAGUCCCUAACGUGUGCCUAUCUUGUCUUUCCA